GAGACACCAUUGUUUACUAUAUACAAAUUCUUGUCGUCGACUUCGUCUUCCGCGACUAUUGGAUCUGCGUCUAUUGAGAGUUGUGAUACUGGUGUUCUGUCCACCCCGAAGCCCUCGCAUCUUUCACACACUGAGAAGCUGAUUACGAGGAGUGUGAACGUGUUUAUAUUUUGGUUUACUUUCAUAGUAGAUUCACUUUUGAGCACGCCCUCAGCAUUUCACCGCACUGUGGAGAUACGACCAGUAGCAAUCACCUAUAGAGACAGAGUCUCAGCGAGUGUAGAAGACACAGAGCUAACAUUAGCAGUACCUAUAGAGACAGAGUCUAGGUACAAGUCAUGAGUAUGAGUCGUAAGAGAUCAUAAGG